AUGACUUCUACGAAAGAUAUAUGUCCACUGUUUCCCCAACCUCCUGAAUAUACCUCUGCCGAUACUCAAGGAGAACAACGAGAGCAAGGCCAAAAUGAAUCAAAGCGUUUGAAAAUUUUUGAAUACGACGAACCAGUUACACCAGUUUAUUAUCAAAGAAAGGAUGAAGCACGAUCCUUUUACACCGCUAGGAUAUUUGUUGCAGGAGAUGUCGGUGUCGGUAAAUCCACAUUGAUGCAGGCUUACAUGGAUUAUAAUGAGUCAGGAAAACAACGUAGUCGUCGUGUUAAUGCUUGUUAUAUGAGGAUGAAAGGACCUUAUACUAUGCCCUUUUUAUUGAAAUUGCUGCAUGCAAGUAUCAGGGGAAAUAUUAAGGAGCUUUGUCAACAACAAACACUUUCUGUUGCUGAGGAUUGGAUCCUAUUAUGUUUUGCCAAAGACAAUCUUGAAAGUUUGCUCAAUAUAAAAAAUAUAUGGUACCCCAUGUUAAAACUGCUGGUGUACUCAAGAAAAGUUCCCAUCAUUCUCGUUGGUACAAAAUGGGACAAAGUCAGCCACAUACCGGAAGGUCUCGUAUUGCAAGUUGCUAAAGAAAUCGACGCUAUAGCACUUAUUCAAAGCUCAUCGUGGGAAAAUCGACAUGUUCGUACCGUAUUUGACGUUCCUCUUCAAUACUUACACGAAGAAUGGACAAGUGGAUUGAAUAAGAUUUAUGAAAAGAGUUUAGAACCAGAAUCAUUUGAGAAAAGAGUGUUGAAAGGGGAGGGGCUGGAAAUUGAGUUCGGCAGGGAAUGUCAAGUUUUCCCCAAAAGUCAAGACCAAACAAAAGUGGAUCGGCUAAAUUCCAAGCUUCUGGAACGUGAAAAAGGGUUCGGUAAACAGCACCUAACGGUAAAUGCAAAUGGAGAAAAACCACCGAUCAAUGCUCAAAAGAGGAAGAAUAAAGACACUUGUGUCGUAGUGUAG